AAUGGCCAUCCCACUCGCCGCUCUUUCCACAUCUCCUGUUUCCUUCCGCCCCCAACGAAACGUGUUCCUCCUCGCCUCCUCCCCCCUCCUCAUCCUCCUCAUCCGCCAAGGGAAAACAAGCAGAGCAACCAGAGAUGCAGCGAUAGAUCAUACUGUAGAUAAGAGGUGGCUAUAUAGACUUCGGUGCUGCGAGCCUUGCUGAGGAGUGAGGGAGGGGUUGCUUGAUUGCUUGCUUCGGGGUCGUCGGUGUGCGGGGUGAGCGGUGGAGAUGAUGGGAGGAGGGGUGGCGAUGAUGGAUCGGCGCAUGGCGUUCCCCGCCGACGGCGACGUCGAGAAGGGCUUCGGGUUCUUUGGAGCCGGCUGCUUCGUGGGGGCGGGCGACCUCGCGGACCCCGCGCCGGAGCAGCGGGCGCGGGACAGGUUCCCCGACGAGGAGGAGAGCGAGGAGGAGGAGGACGACGACGACGUGGACGGCAUCGAGGAGCUGGAGCGCCGCAUGUGGCGCGACCGCAUGAGGCUCAAGCGCCUCAAGGAGCUGCAGCAGCGGCAGAGCCAGAGGCCCGACGGCGGCGCGGCGGCGAGCAAGGGGCGGCCGAGGCGGCCGCCGUCGCAGCAGGACCAGCAGGCGCGGCGCAAGAAGAUGUCGCGCGCGCAGGACGGGAUCCUCAAGUACAUGCUCAAGAUGAUGGAGGCGUGCAGCGCGCAGGGCUUCGUCUACGGCAUCGUCCCCGAGAACGGCAAGCCCGUGGGCGGCGCCUCCGACAACCUCCGCGCCUGGUGGAAGGAGAAGGUCCGCUUCGACCGCAACGCCCCCGCGGCCAUCGCCAAGCACCGGUCCGACAACGCCGCGCCGCUCUGCGGCGGGGAAGACGGAGCGGGGGCGGCGGCCGGCCCGCGCUCCCUGCACGAGCUGCAGGACACCACGCUCGGCUCCCUGCUCUCGUCGCUCAUGCAGCACUGCGACCCGCCGCAGCGCCGGUUCCCGCUCGAGAAGGGCGUGCCGCCGCCGUGGUGGCCGCAGGGACCGUCCGAGGCGUGGUGGCCGGAGGCCGGCGUGCCCGACGACCUCGGCCCGCCGCCGUACAAGAAGCCGCACGACCUCAAGAAGGCGUGGAAGGUCGCCGUGCUCACCGCCGUCAUCAAGCACAUGUCGCCCGACGUCGACAAGGUCCGCCGCCUCGUGCGGCAGUCCAAGUGCCUGCAGGACAAGAUGACCGCCAGGGAGAUCGUCACAUGGCUCGCCGUGCUCAAGGCGGAGGAGGAGCUCAGCCACAAGCUGCAUCCCGGCGCCUGCCUCCCACCGCGGCCCUCCGCCGGCGCGCUGUCGUUCGACGCCAGCUCCGGCGAGUACGAUGUCGACUUCUUCGGCGAGGAGGCCGCGAACCAGAUCAAGGCGCGCUCCGAGGCAGCCCCGUUCGUCGACCUUACCAUGGACGCUUCCUCGAGCAACGAGUUCAUGGUCAUGCCGCCUGCGCUGAUGAAGGAAGAAACAACCACCGACGUCGACUUCACCCACGCCCAGAAGCGGAGCGCCGCCGACGCCGAGCCGGAGCUGAUGCUGAACGGAAGCGCCCGCGUCUACACCUGCGAGAACGUGCAGUGCCCGCACGCCGGCCACGCGCUCGGCUUCCUCGACCGCAACGCGCGCAGCGCCCACCAGUACACCUGCAGGUACAACAAUCCCGCCGUCGCCGCCGCCCAGAGCAAGCCGCCGUCGUCCUUCUUCCCUGGUGCGCCCUACAGCCCGCAGAGCCAGGCGCUCGGCGGCUUCGACUUCGGCCUGCCCGUGGCCGACCAGAGAUGCCUCUCCGGGCUGAUGAGCAUGUACGAGACCGGCGUGGCCGCGCACAGGGGCGCAACCAACGACGCCGACGCUCCCGGCAUGCAGCUCGGCGGCGGCAACGUUCUGGCGCCACGCUCGCUUGCUGGCGCGAACAACGUGAUGCAGCAGCAGCAGCAGCAGCAGCAGAGCGCGGCGUUCUUCAUGGGCGACGACGCGCCGUUCGGCAUGGCGGCGCCGGAGCUGGGCAGGUUCGACCCAGGGUUCGACCUGUCAGCGGCGGACUACGCCGGCGCCAUGCAGCAGCCGCAGCCGCAGAAGCACGUUGGACCCAACUGGUUCUACUGAACAACCAAGAAGGAACCACUACUGAUUAGCAUGUAGCUCUAGGCCAUUAGAACUCAUAAGGCUUCCAUUCUCGAUCAGUCCAUGGCGUCUUGCAACCUGUAAGGAUCGGUCAAAUCCAGGCCAUGUUGAGAACACUGGAAUUUUUUCACAAAUCACACCGAAAUCAAACUGUUGUUUUCUCUUUCGAAA